CAUAGAAAGAAUGGAGGAAAUACAACUAUCACCUGACGAACUAUAUGCUGAGAUAAGUAGGAAUUACCAGGAAUUCAGAGAAAAAGUAGACGAGUUCAACAAGUCUACUACUAAGUGUAAAGAUGCUAUCGCUAGGUAUGAAGAGGUGAUGGACAAGUAUUCCGCACCAGAUGAGGAAACACAGAGAACUAUCUCCGCAAGGAGGGCGGAGAUAGAAGGAAUGACAUAUUAUCUGCCCAAACAGAACAACUUAUUAUUAACUCUAUUUGUGGGAGACUUUAAUGUAGUCCUCCCUCGUAAAGAAGACAAGAUCAAAUACAAGUUACAAUACGAGAAAUUCAAGCUGUUCUACAUAAUAGGACAACUAGUAUUCUCAUCUCUCAACAUACUGUGUGGUCCUAACAGAAUUGUGGAGGGGUUACUUCAGUUUUAUCUCGUCUGGUUCUAUUGUAAUCUCACUAUGAAGGAGUCCAUCCUGAUAGCUAACGGUAGUCGCAUCAGAACAUGGUGGCAAGUUCAGCACUACAUUGAUAUCUUACUGUACGCUCUCCUACUCAUACGAGCUGAUGGAGACUUCAGUCUCCAGUUUUCUCUUUACAUUUUCUACAUGAGCGGCUGUCAGGUCCUACAGUUUUACUAUCAGGCAGGGUCGCUGUAUAAAAUGCGCGCAUUAGGCCGCGCCACCCACAUGGAAGUCUCCGCGGAGGGUCUCAGAGUAAAAACUUACGCUGACUUACAGUUUCUCUCACCCUUCUUUGUACUGCUCUACAUCUUCCAGUUUUACAACGGAUACACGCUAUUUUAUCUGGCUCCUAAUGCCAGAGAGGAUGAGAGAUGGGAGGUGUACGUGAAUUGUGCGUUGUUCAUCUCCAUCUCCCUUGGUAACCUGUUCACGCUAAUACACGUGGUAAUCCUAAAGCAUCAGAUACACAAACUGGUAAAGAGUCCGGAGCUUAUCAGACGAAACUUGUCAAACUCUCUUCUUAGUUCCCUGGGCAAGGAGGUCAAGAGUCAGUAGUGACGUCAUACCACGUGACGUCAUACCACGCGUUAUGACACAUGUAGUGACGUUAUACCACAUGUAGUGACGUAAUACAACGUGUGGGGGGGGGGCCAAUGGCAUAAAUGGAGAAAAUGGAGAAUUACUCAUAGGUUUUUUCAUUUUCUCCAUAGAAAUAGUCUCCAUU